CUGGAAACUCUUCUUCAUUGCCUACUGGAAGUUCUAUGUAUUGAUCCAUUUACCCUGUCACACACUACAAGGCUUACCUCAUGGAUUUGUAUCUGGUUGGAUAUUUGAUGUGUGUGUGGUUGUCCAGCUCACGGGUGCUUGGAGGCUAUCCCAUCUGGUGGUCCCUGGCCCUUGGGCAGCAGUACUCAUCUCUGGGCUCACAACCCAUCUUAUGUGGCUCCAUCCCAGGUCUGGUGCCCAAGCAGCUGCGUUUCUGUCGCAACUACAUCGAGAUCAUGCCAAGUGUUGCUGAAGGUGUCAAGCUGGGGAUCCAGGAAUGCCAGCACCAGUUCAGGGGGCGCCGAUGGAACUGUACGACCAUCAAGGACAACCUUGCCAUCUUUGGCCCUGUUUUAGACAAAGCAACCAGGGAGUCGGCGUUUGUCCACGCCAUAGCCUCGGCAGGCGUCGCAUUCGCGGUGACACGGUCCUGCGCUGAGGGCACGUCCACGAUGUGCGGCUGUGACUCCCACCACAAGGGGCCUCCUGGGGAGGGCUGGAAGUGGGGCGGCUGCAGUGAGGAUGCAGAGUUCGGGGUGCUGGUGUCCAGGGAGUUCGCAGACGCCAGGGAGAACCGACCAGAUGCUCGCUCUGCGAUGAACCGGCACAACAACGAAGCAGGACGCACGACCAUCCUCGACCACAUGCACCUGCGCUGCAAAUGUCACGGUCUGUCAGGAAGCUGUGAGGUGAAAACCUGUUGGUGGGCGCAGCCGGACUUCCGCAUGCUGGGCGACUACCUGAAGGACAAGUACGACAGCGCCUCAGAGAUGGUGGUGGAGAAGCACCGGGAGUCCCGGGGCUGGGUGGAGACGCUGCGGGUCAAGUACGCCUUCUUCAAGCACCCCACCGAGCGCGACCUCGUCUACUACGAAGGCUCGCCCAAUUUCUGCGAGCCCAAUCAGGAGACGGGCUCGUUCGGGACGCGCGACCGGGUCUGCAACGUGUCGUCGCACGGCAUCGAGGGCUGUGACCUGCUGUGCUGCGGCCGGGGCCACAACACUCGGACUGAGAAGCGCAAGGAGAAGUGCCACUGCAUCUUCCACUGGUGCUGCUACGUCAGCUGUCAGGAGUGCGUGCGAGUGUACGACGUGCACACGUGCAAGUGAGAGAGCGAGAGAACGAGAGAGGCCUGUGCUUUCAGACAAACUGACUGCUGCCCAACUCAAGCCCUCAACUCACCGCCACUGUCCUGCUUCUCCACACACAGACACUACAUCCCACACAAACACACUCAGGCCCGUAUGGGUAGUGACUUCUACACCCUUUUAUUGUACAGAAAACAACAAACCCUCCUCCAGUCGUCCAAACCACUACAUUCCGCUUCCGUCGUAUCCGAUCAGAAAGUGUCCGCUCUCGGAUGUUAGAGAUGUGAUUCCAUGUAAUACCGCCCCCCCGUGUCUUUAUUUAUUUCCCUCUCUCCAUGCCACCAACACAGUGCUCGUGGCGUGUACAAUAACAGAUCUUACAUGUGAGAUUAAUGCAGUUAAAAAGGAAAAAAAAACAAAAAAAAAACUUUCAGAC